ACUGUGUGGAGGAAGAGGAGGGCAGAGCAGCAUCUGCAGUGUCCAGCUGUCUGUCCAUGAAGAGUAACCGGUCUAAAGAAGAACCUCCAGACUUCAGUGCUGAACCUGGACCUUCAGACACAAAAGGUUCCUGCCACAGAGCAGAGUCUGCAGUGUCCAGCGGUCUGUCCAUGAAGAGCGACUGGUCUAAAGAAGAACCUCCAGACUCCAGUGCUGAACCUGGACCUUCAGACACAAAGGACAGGAAGAGGAGUCGAGGUGAUGUGAAGGAGCAGCUGUCCUGCUGUGCUUUGUGUCAGGAGGUCCUGAGGGAUCCAGUCUCCACCAGCUGUGGACACUGGUUCUGCAGACAGUGCAUCACCUCACACUGGGACCAGUCUGGUUCAUCAGGAGACUCUGCCUGUCCCCAGUGUGGAGAAAGAUCCAGAACAAGACCUGGACUGCAGACACCCAGUCAGACCAGCACAGUGGACGGCGGUCUGCAGGAGGUUUUAGACGAGCAUAAGAUCAGUCUGAGGAGGAGAUGUGAAUUUGUGACAGAAGGAACUGCUGCAGCAGGAACUGGAACCCCCCUCAACAGGAUCUACACUGAGCUCUACAUCACACAGGGACGGAGGGAAGGGGUUAAUACCCAACAUGAGGUGUGGCAGCUGGAGACAGCAUCCAAAACAGAGACCCUCCAUGACACUCCAAUCAAGUGCCAGGACAUCUUUAAACCCUUAUCUGACAAAGACACACACAUCAGAGUAGUUGUGACGCAGGGCGUUGCUGGCAUUGGAAAAACCUUCUCAGUGCAGAAGUUCACUCUGGACUGGGCAGAGGGCUUGGAAAACCAACAUGUCAGUCUUGUGGUUCUGCUUUCAUUCCGAGAGCUGAACUUGAUCAAAGAUGAGCGCUACAGUCUUCUCCAGCUGCUCCGUGUUUUCCAUCCAACAUUACAGAUGGUCACAGCAGAGAAGCUCGCCGUCUGUAAAGUCGUGUUCAUCUUUGACGGCCUGGAUGAAAGCAGGUUUUUGUUGGAUUUCCAGAACAAUGAGGUCGUGUCUGAUGUCACACAGACAUCAUCAGUAGACGUGCUGUUGACAAACCUCAUUAAGGGGAAUCUGCUUCCCUCGGCUCUCCUCUGGAUAACUUCCAGACCUGCGGCGGCCAAUCAGAUCCCUCCUACAUGUGUCCACAGGGUGACAGAAGUCCAAGGGUUCACUGACCUCCAGAAGGAGGAGUACUUCAGGAGGAGAUCCAGUGAUGAGAAGCUGUGCAGCAGAAUCAUCUCACACAUCAAGGCGUCCAGGAGCCUCCACAUCAUGUGCCAGAUCCCAGUCUUCUGCUGGAUCACUGCUGCAGUUCUGGAGCACAUGUUGACGACAGACCAGAGAGGAGAGCUGCCCAAGAGCCUGACUGACAUGUACUCACACUUCCUGCUGGUUCAGACACAGAGGAAGAAGCACAAGUACGAUGAGAGACAUGACAGGAGUCAGCAGGAGCUGAUGGAGACUGACAGGGAAGUUCUUCUGAAGCUGGGCAGGCUGGCGUUUGAACAUCUGGAGAAAGGCAACCUGAUGUUCUACCAAGAAGAUCUGGAGGAGUGUGAUCUUGAUGUCACAGAGGCCUCGGUGUACUCAGGAGUGUGCACAGAGAUCUUCAAAACUGAGUGUGUGCUCUUCCAGAGAAAAGUCUACUGCUUUGUCCAUCUGAGCAUUCAGGAGUUUCUCGCUGCAGUCUACAUCUUCCACUGCUACACCAAAAGAGACACAGAGGUACUGGCCAGAGUCAUGAGAACACACAAGUGUAAAGGUGUUGACAAUGAGCCAUCGUUGGAUAUCUUCCUGAAGACAGUCAUGUCUGAAGCCCUGCAGAGCAAAAACGGUCACCUGGACCUCUUGGUCCGCUUCCUUCAUGGCCUCUCACUGGAGUCCAACCAGAGGCUCUUAGGAGGCCUGCUGGGUCAGACAGAGAGCAGAGCAGAAGACAUCCAGAGAGUCAUCAACAACCUGAAGGAGAUGAACACCUACAGUGUCUCACCUGACAGAAGCAUAAACAUCUUCCACUGUUUGAUGGAGAUGAAUGACCUCUCAAUACAUCAGGACAUCCAAGAGUUCCUGAAGUCAGAGAACAGAUCAAAGAAGGAACUCUCUGAGAUCCACUGCUCAGCUCUGGCCUACAUGCUGCAGAUGUCAGAGGAGGUCCUGGAUGUUUUGGACCUGCAGACGUACAACACAUCAGAUGAGGGACGACGGAGACUGAUCCCAGCUGUGAGGAACUGCAGGAAGGCUCGAUUGAGUGACUGCAGUUUGACAAAGAGCUGCUGUGCUUCUCUGGCCUCGGCUCUGAAGUCCAACCCCCAUCUGACAGAGCUGGACCUGAGUGAGAACAAGCUGCAGGAUUCAGGAGUGAAGCUGCUGUCUGCUGGACUGGAGAGUCCAAACUGCAGACUGGAGACUCUCAGACUGAGUGGCUGCAGGUUGUCAAAGAGCUGCUGUGCUUCUCUGGCCUCGGCUCUGAAGUCCAACCCCCAUCUGACAGAGCUGGACCUGAGUAAGAACAAGCUGCAGGAUUCAGGAGUGGAGCUGCUGUCUGCUGGACUGGAGAGUCCAAACUGCAGACUGGAGACUCUGAGACUGAGUGACUGCAGGUUGUCAGAGAGCAGCUGUGCUUCUCUGGCCUCGGCUCUGAAGUCCAACCCCCAUCUGACAGAGCUGGACCUGAGUUGGAACCUGCUGCAGGAUUCAGGAGUGGAGCUGCUGUUUGCUGGACUGGAGAGUCCAAACUGCAGACUGAACACUCUCAGAUUGUGGAGCUGCGAGUUGACAAAGAGCAGCUGUGCUUCUCUGGCCUCGGCUCUGAAGUCCAACCCCCAUCUGACAGAGCUGGACCUGAGUGAGAACGAGCUGCAGGAUUCAGGAGUGAAGCUGCUGUCUGCUCUGGUGGAGAGUCCAAACUGCAGACUGGAGACUCUCAGAUUGAGGUUCUGCUGGUUGACAGAGAGCAGCUGUGCUUCUCUGGCCUCGGCUCUGAAGUCCAACCGUCAUCUGACAGAGCUGGACCUGAGCUACAACAAGCUGCAGGAUUCAGGAGUGAAGCUGCUGUCUGCUGGACUGGAGAGUCCAAACUGCAGACUGGAGACU